AUGAACCGAAGCGGAAGCGGCAACUCGGGACUCCCCGAAGCACUGAGAGACGUGCUCCGCGCGACGGCCCGGGAAACGCAACUCCUUGUUCGCUGUCUCCAGGAUGAUGUAUCACCGGUCAAUCUUGCCUCGUCGCAAAGGUAUCACCUCAGCGAUCUCGGAGGACUUGCCCCCGUUCAUUCCCCUCGCACUGCUCCUCGCAUCGAAGUCUGUAACUUGGACACUCUAGACGCGGCCACCAACCUGUGGAGGUGGGCGUGGGAAAAGGGGCUCCGGAACACCCGACCCUUUGUCCUCAAUUUCGCCAAUGCCAACCAUCGUGGCGGCGGUUGGCUAAACGGUGCCCUGGCACAGGAAGAGGAACUUUGCCGUCGCUCCUCACUCGCGUGCAGCUUGGAACAUCAAGCCUACCCGCUACGCCGUCGUGGGGGGAUAUAUUCCCCUAAUGUGUACACAAUACGCGAAAGCCUUGCCCGCAAUCACGAGCUGAUGCGUCAGCCGGCGGCUGAUUUGCCCAAGUGUAGCGUAUUCACUGUGGCGGCAAUCAAAAAGCCGAGAACGACGCAAGCAGGGCGCUUCUUUUCCCUUCAGCAAGAUCGCUCGCUGACCAAGGACAAGAUGAGGCUCGCAUUGCGAGUAGCGGCAAUCAACCAUCACGAAAUGCUAGUUCUCGGUGCCUUUGGCUGCGGCGUCUUCAGCAACCCCCCCGAUGACAUUGCCUACUGCUGGCUCGAGGUCCUGCGGGAACGGGAGUUUGCUAACCGGUGGAAAGCUGUGGCGUUUGCUGUCUAUGAUCGAAGUCAUGCCUAUAAUCCACACGGCAACUUUGAGAUAUUCAAUCGCAUCUUACACGGACAGCAGGUUUAA